GCACAAACGCUUCUAAUCUCAUCGCAUUACUGAGUGCGUGGGUGUGCGCGUGUCUAUAUAUACACAAACACACACGUCUGGCCUCGCCAUACACAGGGCGCUUGGGGUUAGACGACCGACAGAGCAGUCCAGGUACAGCCCGGCCACAACCAAGGGACAACCAUGGGAGCGACGGCAUCUCGGCGGCUGCUGCUGCUCAUGCACGUGGCACUGCUGAUGAUGCUGCUGAUGAUGAUGAUGGGGGCAAAGCCAGGCGCAGCUCUCACUGUGGAACAGCUUCAGAAGCUGUCGACGGACGGGGAGGCGCUGCUGGACCGCGAGCUCAAGCGUGGACUCCGCGGACUGCGCGUCCUCAAGACGUUCACCGACAGGAACGAGGAGAAGCACGCGCGCCUGCAGGCCGAGCUCAAGCGGGCACUCGAGCAGAAGCAGGAGGCCAUCGAGUUGGCGAGAGAAACUCGCGCGCGCCUGGAGACGCGUGGCAAGACGUGCAACGCCUCGCUGUGGCCCGCCUGGGAGAGCGAGUGCCGCCCCUGCCUCGAGCGCUCCUGCAAGCGCUUCGUGUCGCUCACGUGCGGCGGCGGCGGCGGAGGAGUCAGCAACUUUGGCCGCGACGUGGACCGCUUCUUCCAGAGGUUCAACCCCUUCUCGUUCAUGCUGGGCGACGAGGCGGACGAGUGGCUCAACUUCACGGACGUCGCCAACGGUGACGGCGGCAAAUCAUUCGACACGAUGGAGGAGCACUUCCACAAUCUGAGCAAGGAGGUCACAAACCUCUUCCAGCGCAGCUCGUCGGCCCUCGCCUCCGUCACUCCCACGCUCGCCGACACCCUCGGCCAGGACCUCGUCCGCUGGUUCCGGACGCCGCUGCCUUCCCGCGCCGGCUUCCGCGCUCCCCGCUCGCUGGACUGGAUGGACCACAGCCCCUUCCUGCGCUGGCCCGAACGGACGCCCCUGCUCGGCCUGUCCGAGGAUCCGCUCUUCUGGUCUUCGCCGGCCAGCAUCCGCCACGGCCUGGGGCCGUUGGUGUCGAUGAAGAACCUGCUGGGACGCUUGUUCGGCGUCCAGAGGGAGGUGGCGACGGCCGGGGACAAGGAGGAGGAGGAGCACACGGUGACCAGCAGCGGGGGACUCGGACAGGAGGGGGGAGACGCCUUCCGAUGCAAACAGAUCCAGCGCAGCUCCAAGGGCUGCCUCGCCAUGAAGGACGAGUGUGAGCGCUGCCAGGCGCUCAUCAGGGAGUGUCCGGAGCUGGGCAAGCUGCAGCGCGAGCAGUCGCACGCGCUGGACGCAGUCGAGUCCAGCUGGGAGCGCUACAACCGCACCCUGGAUGUCACGGGCCGCCACCUUCGCGAGAGCGCGCGCCUCCUCGACAGCAUGAUGCACCGCUUCGGCUGGGUGUCGCGCCUCGUCGAGAGCCUGGGAAACAGCUCGGUGGACUUCCACGUGGAGACGGUGCUGAGCCGCGAGGGUGGCGAGGGCGCAGCGGGGCCACCGGACACGGCGGUGAGCGUGCGCCUCUACGACUCCCAGGAGCCCGUCACCUUCUCCGUGCCGGGCUCGCUGCGCUGGGACGACCCCAACUUCAUCCGCACCGUGGUGGAGCGGGCACUCCGCCAGUACCAGGAACGCGCCAGCGGAGAAAAUGCUACCGUCAAGUAAGAGGGAGGAACUGGGAUUGAACCGGAGGCUCAGUGAGCGGAGGCCGCACUGGGGUUACACACCAGCUAGCGACGUGUUAGCAAUGCUUCAACUCGUUGAACGUUCCUUUGAUUUCAAUUCCCGCUCCCGUUAAACCUUAGCGGUGCAUAUACAGUAGUAGUCCGUGACUGGAGACGCGGUGUUGAAUUGUGUUGUUGAGCCUGUGGCAUCGCUCUCAAGUGUGCAGGCGGUGCAACUGCACCGGGACCCAUGGCUCACCAACUACACCACUGGAUUUGAGACGCUAAUCACCAAGGCUCGCAGAGCCAGACGAAGGCCACCAAGUCAGACUGGGGCUUGCCCACGCUCUGACAGUGAAGCCAGUGGUGUAGCUAUCGAGUGUGCAGGCGGUGCAACUGCAAUGCCAUCCCCCCCCUUUCAUCCUUUGCACCAGGGCUCAUGCCAACAAGGCCACGCCACCGUUAGCACGCAAUGAUUGUUUACGCAUUAUUCAGAGAUUCGGCUGCAGCUUUAUUAACCGCACACUUUAACGCGCUAUUUGCACAGCUCUUAACUGCAAUGCCGGGGGGUUGCCCCACGUCCGACUAACCAUGGGGCACACUGCACCGACACGAUCCACACAUAUAUACGUAACCAAGAGCAUUGCGUCCAGAGAAAUCCUGAUAACCGUGCGUCCGUGAUAUCUGCUCGUCCUAUUAACCGCAAAAUAAAAAAGCAGACUCGA